AUGGCGGACCAGGGCGGCGGCGGAAGCAGUAUCACGGCGGCGACUGGGUCAGGGGGGAAGCAGAAGCCCCCGCUCAGGCUCGCCGCUGACGACACGAAGCCUCUCCUCCGAGAUCCGGUGAGAUCAUCGCGCUCCAACUCAGCUGGCUCUCCAAACUCGUUUUCAAACUCGUUUCUCGCCGUCCGUCGUUGCGUAGGUAGAUCGUAGAGGGAUGAGAGGCGGACGCGCAGAGGUCCUUUGUAGGAGGCCACUGAUCUCUCAUAUGUUCAGAUUUCUGCUGCUUUUUUUGUCAGAUCCUGAGGUCGGAUCCCAUUGAAACGGAGCAGGCCGUGCUGAGGCUUCCUCCGCUUCUUACCUCGCCGUGCAGCGAUGGAAAAAUGAACUGA